AUGCUGCAUGCUACGCAGCAGGAUUUAGUUGAAAGAGGCCCAGUUUUGGCCGUCCUUGCCGGAGAUUUUAACAUGCCUACUGCAGAAGACACGGUCUUCGAAAAUUUUUGUCAAGCCGGCCCUUGGCAUGACUGCCAUAAGUGUGCCACGCCUGAUAUGCGAAAUGCACCCACUUGUCACCAAGGCCAAGGCUCCAGAAUCGAUUUUAUCCUUGCUUCGUAUUCUGCCUUCGACCUUGCUUCUUGCUAUCGGGUGACACCCCUUGUUCUCUUUCCUACGCAUUCCGCAGUGUGCCUUGACUUGCAGAUGCCGCGCGCUUCCCAGAUGCGGCACACGCUCAGGUCAGCAGCAAACCUGCCUUCCUUGGUCCCCCCUAAGCCCGCCGACGCUUUGCUUUUUCCUAAAAUCCCCAAGACGUUUCGUGCUGCUUUAGCCAGGCUGGACCUUGAUGCCGCUAUGCGCAUAUGGAACCGGCUUGCAGAAGAUACGCUGAUGGACCUUGCCACCUCCCAAGGACACGUUGUUCAAUCCAAAGUCACGAUGCGAGGUGACAUUAAGUACCAGGAAGAUCGCGCCAACCCUCCUGUUUUUGCUGACCAGGCAAGCACGCUGAUAGACCGCAGACUCUACAAGGCGAUCUGUCGUGCUAAAGAAGUCGCUCAGGCACAACCAGGUUAUAGGCGUGACCGCACCUGGUCUCUCCUGAAUGAGGUGACUCAGCACUUGCCACAUCCCUACCAGCAGUUGGUUCACGAGGCACUGCUUGCUCCUGCGUCCCCUCAUGCUGCAGCAGCGGUGUCGAAACAUCUCCGUCGUGCUGCUGAAAAACUUGCUUCUGAUAACCGUACUGCGAGGAUCCAGGAGUGGAAGAAACAGAUGCGUAAAACUACUGCCGCCAGCACUUCCUGGUUGAAGGCCAAGGCUGCUAAGCCCCUUGUUAAAGUUACUCAACACAAGGGCGAAACCACUGCCGAAGUUGGCCGUAGACUUGAACUCAUCCAGAAAUGUUGGGACAGCGUAUACCAAGCCCAUAAGAAGAGUGAGCCGUCCUUACAUUCGUUUAUGGAGUCAUAUGGUGCCACGCUCUCCAGAGCUAUGUGCUCUCUCCCCCCGUUAACUGGGGAUGACCUGCGUGCGCAACUCAAAAUCUGCAAGCGAACAUGUUCCGGCCCGGACUGCUGGUCGUUUGAGGAGUUGCAAUCCCUGGCCCUUUGGGCUCCUUCCUUGCUGGAUUGCCUCUCUGACUUGCUCAACGCGGUUGAGCGCGCAGGCAAGUGGCCCAUACCGCUCUGUACAGGUGGCCGUUCCGCCGAUGAGCUGGUGCUACAGACUUGCAUGACGCUGGCAGAGGCUAAGGUGGAAUCCAAGUCAUAUGCUGAUGACUUGUCUGCAACUACGAAAGCGGCGACACGCCCUCUCCUCAUUGCUGAGCUUACUAAGGUUCACCAGCACACACAGCGCUUCGCCGACUUGUCGGGCCUGCGCAUAAGCGUGCCGAAGUCAUUCUCUUUUGGGGAUACCCAGCUCAAGGGAAAAAUUCCUGGGCUGCGAAACCAUCAAACUGAGUUUCGGCUUACGGGAGGUAGUGUCAAAAUAGGGAAUGCCAAAAAGUGGACAGUGUUGGAGAAGAAACGUGCUAGCAAAUGGUGCGAAACUGUCAGCAACAUCGGCAAGCUGCCGUUCGGAUGGUUUGCAAAGGUUAAGAAAAUCCAGCAGGUCAUGCCGCAGCUUACGAAUGGUCAGGGCACGCAUGCACUCGCCGCCAGCUGGGUGACACUGCGCUCACUAAGAGCGGAAUGCGUGCGCUCGCUUCUUGGCACCAAAGAUUACAGCGCCUCGCCUCUUAUGGUUUUCACUCUCUUGGCUCCUCCCUCGCUUGAACCUGAGUUCGCACUGCAAUACGCUGCGCUUGGGUUAUUUAAGAGGUUCCUUAAGUGCCCUACUGCACGCCGCCAACUGCAGAAUGCCCUGGCAUCGCACCCAGCUUCUUGCGCCUGUGGCGCGGGCGCGCCAACUCCGUGA